ACGCCCCAUCUCUGAUUCCUCGUUGUUCUCGACAUCGAGGUUUCUGACAAGCAACUUCCUUUUUUCCCUUUGACCUGUUGGCUUCGCUUCCAAUCGGUCGUUACGCUCAUUAGCUUCGUCCAUUUUAAUUCCUACUCCCGUUUCUUCGCCUCGCCGGGAAACCAGUCCCUCGUUCUGGCCCUCGGCCCUUUCCGUCGUUUACGUGUAUCAGCACUCAAAAAGCACCCUCUUUCUUCUUACCAUGGCAAACUUCAGCAAGCCCGCGGGCAUCAUGUCCAUGGUCUUUGCCUUCUUGUCGCUUCUUCAGUUCACUGUUGCCCUCCAGCAUGGCGCCCGCCACAACCAUGCUUUCGCUGGCCACUCUUCCGAGGACCUUGUCAAGCGUCACCUCGACGAGAUUGAGGGAGAACUCCAGAAACGCCAGUCCGGUCGCCCCAUCCCCAUCAAGGGUGUCUGCAGCAGCGGCUAUUCUUCGAAUGGAAACUGCAAUGGCGGAAGCUCUGCUGCUCCCCGUCUCGAGAUCCGCGACUUGGCCCGCGACUCUGAGGCCUGGAACCUGUACCUUCUCGGUAUGGAGAGGUUCAUGUCAAAGGACAAGCGUGAUGUCCUCUCCUACUACCAGGUCUGCGGUGUCCACGGCCGUCCCUUUGUCACCUGGAACAACUUCCCCUCUCCUCUGGUCAACAACGCUGGUUUCUGCCCUCACGGCAUGACCCUCUUUGGUUCAUGGCACAGACCCUACCUUGCCGCUUACGAGCAAGCUUGGUACCUGUCAGUCCUUGAGGUGAUUCAGGAGUUCCCUAGCAGCCAGCAGGGUCGUCUGCGCCAAGUCGCCUCUACUCUGCGUAUGCCCUUCUUUGACUACGCCCGUGAUCCAGGCAACGCUCCUGCUGUCCCAACCCUGAUUCGUGACCAAACCGUCACUGUCAACAAGCCCCAAGGUUCCGUUAGAAUUGCCAACCCUCUCUACAGCUACAGCUGGGGCAACUCGCUUCCCUCUGAGAUGGGCGGAGGCCCAUGGAACAGCUUCCCAGUCACGCUUCGCCGUCCUGUCGCCAAUCCUACUCGCAGCAACAACAAUGAGUUCAACGCUCGUAUUGGCUCUGCCCGCCUCUCGAUUCGUGACCGUAUCUACGCCAUCUUCUCCAGCAAGCCCAACUGGGGCGCCGCCAGCACCUCUGCUAUUGGUGUCCGUACCGAUCUGAGCGGUGGCGGCGUUGACAGCAUUGAGUCUAUCCACGAUCUUAUUCACAGUAUUACUGGCGGUGAGAGCGGUGGCCACAUGGCCUACCUUGAUGUCGCUGCUUUCGACCCCAUGUUCUGGCUUCACCACUGCAACAUUGAUCGUCUUCUCACCAUGCUUCAGAUCAUCAGCCCCAACACCUACGUCGCCAACGGUAACGUUAUGCGACCCAUGGCCCAGUGGAACCAGGGCGAGCCUAAGAACGCAUACACCCCUCUGAAGCCCUUCACCAAGGACGCUGCCGGCAACUACUACACCUCGCAAGACGUCUACGAGACCCGCACUCUUGGAUACUACUACCCCGACACCAGCUCCAACUCGUACGACCAGGUUGUCCGUUCCAUCAACUCGCUCUACGCUGCCAAUGGCCGGUCCAUGAGUAAGCGUGAUGGCGAUGUCUCCGAGACUGGUCAGUACGUUGGCCGUCCCAUCAAGGAAGGCGAGUACCACACCAUCUUUUCCGUCAUCGCCGACAAGUACGCGCUUGAGGGAUCCUAUGUUGUUCACUGCUUCGUUGGCAAGCCUGGCAACAACUCGACUUCCAACUCGACUGCUCCUUACCCUAUCAAGGCCAACUCGACCCUCUCUGCUAGCAUCUCUCUUGGCACUGCUGGUGUCUCCGUCGGCGUCUCUAUCGGCGGCGAUGAUGAUGGCGAUGCUGCUUACGACCCAUCCACCGACUACACACAAGCCUCUAACUAUGUUGGUUCAUAUGGUAUCAUCGGUGGUAUGAUGGCUGGUGGCUCCAACUCUUCUCAGCCCGUCAUGACCGAAGGCUCUCUCCCCUUAACCACCUGUCUUCAAGGCAAGCAAGCUGCCGGCGAGCUUGAGUCUCUCACUCCUGAUCACAUUGAGGCUUACCUCAAGGAGAACAUGUACUACAAGGUUGUCGGUGUCAACGGCGAGAUCGACCCUGAUACUCUCCCCAACUUUCACAUCAGCGUCAAGUGCACCAAGGCCAAGCCUGCUGCCAAUGAGAACGAGCUUCCUGACUUGAGCGCUCCUUACACUGUCCUCCCCAAGGCCACCGAGCACCUCCCCGCUGGCAAGCCCUUCACCUACACUCCCAGCCCUCUGGAUAUCCCAGUCAUUAGCCAGCCAGGAUACACCCAGCCUACCGGACCUGGAUACGAUUCUCCCAGCGCCCCAGGCAACAAGCCUACCGGACCUGGAUCCAGCCAUCCCAGCUACCCCAGCUCCGGUAGUUCCUACCCAACUAUGCCAUGGCAAGAGCCUGGCUACUGCUACAGCAAACAGACGAUCGAGUAUGUUGAUGAAGCAGGCAACUUCCUGUACUCUCAAAUGGUCUCUGGCCACUAAGCGGUCGGGUGAGGGUUUGAUACGCUGAGGGGAAGGAAUUGUAUCAAUACAGAAUCAAGACGUUGGGCGUGCGUGUGAAUGAAGGACUGUUUGCAUUUCUCUUACUCUACAUAAUACCUUUUGAAUGUGUAUCGCCGCAACGAAAGAUUUACAUCUUGCUUUCUUUCAUAUGUAUAAAUUAUCAUUGAUAUCCACAAGGCUGUUUGGUUUUGUUGUCGCAUUGUUCAUGGUGGUAGGGACAACACUUAUACCAUUGCACGGCGUUAUGUCGCAAUUCAAUCGCUCUUUUUUUUUAACAAUUGCAGCUUAUUUUU